AGCACUUGUAGCAUUAGGAACGAAUACCUCUGUUCAGUGCGACACUAAAAUAGCAUCAUCAACACAGUUUGAACCCUCCCUUCCGUAUAAAGUUGCUCAAGAUCAUUGUCCGUGUGGGUUUUCUCCUCUGCACAUUGCUGCUAUGUAUGGCAACCACAGCACCGCUGAGCUGUUUAUCAAAUUUAGAGCGAAUGUAAAUGCAGGUGAUUGUAGUGGCUCAACUCCUCUCCACAUCGCCUCCUGUCAUGGAUUCCCAUCACUUGUGACUCUCCUGGUUAAAAAUGGAGCAGAUAUCGAUGCAGCAAGUCUGAAUAGGUCGACUCCCCUUCACAGUGCUGCGGUUUGUUACGCCAAGGCCAUUUUUCGCCCCCUGUUCGAAUUCGGCUGCGAUUACCAUGCCUCUGACAAUAACGGAAUGACAGCUUUGCACUACGUUGUGAAGGAUAUAAAAUUCGUUGGCUCUGAGUAUCUUAUUGAUUUGUAUACCAGACAACCAAAAGACUGGAUAGAAGAUGUGAAAGGUGUCUCUCGAGAAACAGCUUCAAGUUUAACGAAUGAAAAGUAUCCCUGGUUAGAAGCAUUUGUUGAGCUUGUGGUAUGUUCUGCUACAACGGGGACACUCCAAGAUCCUUCGCUUCUCUCGAGUAUUGAUAAGAAAACUCAAAAAGUGUGGGAUAAAUUAGCGCAGAAAACUAAUGUUUCAAAAAUUUUACUAGGAAGUAAUCAACAUGAACGUCAUCUAUUCACACUAUUAUUAACUCCUUACGGUUUUGCAUACGAUUUCAUUAUCAGUGAAAACCUAAAAACCCAAAUUGAGUUUCACGAUCCGACCGAGAUUCUAAGAUAUAUCACGAGAUUUCUGGUGAAAACAUUUCCAACCAUGUUUCCAGAGUCGACGAACUGCUCUUCUUUGUUGAGCGAGGUGACUCGCAAUUUCGUUUAUACCAUGAACACGGGAUUAAAAUUGGGUCUGGAUGUUAACUGCCGCGAUGUGUCAGGAAUGACUCCUCUUCUAGUAUAUUUACGUACCGGUGGCCGACAUAUGUCCAACGUCCUAGUGAAACAUAACGUAGACGUGAAAAUCACCUGUGGAGAUUCCUUUGAGAAUUCAGUCUUCCACUUAGCCUCGUAUCACAAGCUGCAUUACCUUCAUUACCUUUCUGAGUUUUUACUGAGUAAAGACAACUGGAAGAAAUAUCUACAAACAGAAAAUGCAAUAUUUGACUACUUCAUUCAUAGAUAUGAAUGUCAAAACUACAAAGGAAAUGUUGAAACUAUCAGAACUGGAGACGGGUCAUUGACCUUGGCGAGUCUGUCUCACCCAAUGGGAGCUAAGGUCAUUGACCAAUGUUUCGAUGUGGAAGGCUAUAACGCCCUUCACAGAGCAGCUCAAGGAGCAAAUUUGAUUGCCAUUCACAGGUAUCUCUCCUUAGGAGCUAACGCCCUACUUAAGAAUUCAAACGGCUUUUCAUCGUAA